GUGAUGGCCGCGUUAUUGUGAUUUCAAUAUUUUGAUAUUAUAAUUUUUAUAUUUGCUCAUUUUUUGUUAUAGAAACGCUUUUCUGAAUGAGGACCUUUAUAUACUUGCCGGCAGUACCGAGUUACAAAACCACCUCCCUUAUCUAGGCCAAAAUAUGUAAGGCGCGUAACGGAUGCAUCCUUUCCUACAUUCCUUUUCCAUACGCGACGUUCGCUUCGUGAUGUUAAUGCUAAUCGGGACCGGCGCUUAACGAGGAUGCCUUUCAAGUUGAAGCUGAAGAAGACGAGGCAGUACAAUGUGGCGUCCAAGAGUCUAUUCGUGAUCAGCGUUGAGCUGCUAGAUGGCGGGGUGGCGGACUGCACGCUGUCCGUGGACAGCACGGGGCAGGAGUGCCUGGACAACGUGUGCCAGCGGCAGGCCAUCAACCAGCCCGAGUUCUUCGGGCUGCGGUACGCCAACCGUAACCAGCAGCCGCGCUGGGUGCAGCUGGACAGGCCGCUGAAGCGCCAGCUCGACAAGUACGCCUCCUCCCACCAGCUGUACCUGCGAGUGAUGUACUACGUCAUAUCUGGGACGAGCCUCAUCACUGACGAAGUGACAAGAUACCACUAUUUUCUCCAGCUGAAGAAUGAUUUGAUAGAGGGAAGGAUAAUAUGUGAUUGUCAGCAGGCGGUGGUGCUGGCGUCGUACAGCCGACAGGCGGAAUAUGGAAAUCACGAUAGGGAGAGGCACACCGUUGAAUACUUGAAGAAUCUGCUGACUUUUCCGAAACAAAUUUUGGAUGGGGGCCAAAUAAUGGAUAUAAGCUCCUUGGCUGAUACGGGGAGGCUGGAGUGGCUGACGGCAUCUGUCAUCCAACAUCACAUGUCGCUGCACAACAUGACUCAGGCACAAGCAGAAGAGGGUUUCAUUACUACAUGCCAACAACUUCGUGGCUACGGUCAGGAGAUGUUCUCUGCUCGAGAUCACCGCGACCACAGCGAAGUGACCCUCGCUAUAUCACUCACGGGGAUCAGGGUGCUGGCUGAUAAUAGUGAUACACCACAUUACUAUAGGUGGCAGGACAUAACGAACGUGAUAAACCACAAGCGCACGUUCAGCAUCGAGUGCGGGUCGCCCACGACGCUGCUGCUGCCGAGCCCCGACGACGGCAAGUACGUGUGGCGGAUGUGCGUGCUGCAGCACACCUUCUACAUGAAACACCGGCCGGCGUUGGCGCAUGAGCCGCGCCCGAUCUUCCAGGAGCACGGCCUCUCGGAGAGCCGAGAGGAGCUGGACUCGCGGGAUCUUGGAAGCAGUCGCUUCGACGUCGGGGGCGGUCGCUUAGACGCAGGGGGCGGUCACUUGGACGCAGGAGGCAGUCGCUUGGACACCGGGGGCGGUCGCCUCGAACCGCUGACGUCGGCGCACCGUGCGCGCUCCACAUCCUGCCUCGAGUUGCCGCCGGCGCCCCGCCGCCCCCUGCCCCCCUCCUACCGCCCCGCCCCCGACUACGACACGGCGGUCCAGCAAAAGUACCGCCAACGCCUUCGGUACCAACAAUACGGCUCGCAUCCGGACGUCCGGCUUUAUCCAGAUUAUCCGGAUGUGGCAAGACACACGCUCGGGUUGGGAUACGUCGGACUGCAUUAUGUUAAUGUUUACAAGCCCCCGCCGCCUUACGGGCUAGCGAGCAGCUCCACUCCGGACCUGAGCAGCCCGGCGCCCCGCGCCCCCGCCUCGGGCUCCAGCCCCGACCUGGUGCGGCCCUACCUGCCGUACGUGCAGGCGGUGGGCGUGGGCGGGGGCGCCGCCGCCGCCAGGGUGCUGCCCUACACGCCCUACCAGCUCGCCGCACCGCCGCCACAGGUGUACUACCGUCGACCCGAGCCUAUCUACGAGAACGUGCCGCCGUGGCGCGGGGGCCGCGAGCGCGCGCGCUCCCUCACCGCCGCCGACGACCGCCCCCGCCCUGCCCCUCACCUCACCGCCCCCACCGUUACCGCCGCCCCCUCCGUCACCGCGCUGACCACACCUGAUGAUACAGCGCACUAUGUUAACGCACAGGUAAUCCGCGGCGUGCGCGAGUCGAGUCUACCCAAAGAACUCAACGGCAUCCCUCCCGAGCCAACGGAAGACGACGAGACGCCAUACCAGAGUCUGUCAGCUAAGGUGUCGAUAAGCCGGUCGGUCGACAUCGGCCGGGCCGACGUUAUAAGCCGGUUCGCCGACAUAAGCCGAUCAACCGACGUCAUAAGUCGGUCGGCCGACGCGAUAAGCCGGUCGGCCGACAACGUGACGUGCAUUGCCGUGCCCGGUCCGGAACCCGACGGCACUAUUAGUUCGGUCGGCUCGGAGCUAGAGACCAGCAAAGCGAGUAAUAAGGAGAAGAAGCGACGACGCUGGGGCGUGUUCAUGGGCCGCGGUCGGUCGGGCGGCGAAGAGAAGAGCGCGACGCUGGGACGGGACCGGCCGCCCACCGCCGCGCCCCGACACCGCUGGUCGACAGGACAACACAAGCAGCCGCUGCCGCCCAGCAUCACCAAAGAAACCUUGUGCCAAAUCCUCGAGCGUAAGAUGUCGGACGAGCAACUUUCGUUCGCGUUUUCCCAAAUCCCUCAGGCGCGGAGCCAAGCGGAGUGGGGGGCGGCCCUGUCGUCGACAGCGGGGGCGGUGGAUGCGGCGUGCGGGCUCCCCGCCCACCGCCCCCUCCCGUAUGAAGACAAUAGAGUCCGACUUACCCCCACGCCGCAGAAUCCCCAUGGAUAUAUCAACGCGUCGCAUGUUACGAUGACUGUGGGCAGCUCGCAGCGUUUCUACGUGGUGGUGGCGGGCGCGAGUCCGGCGGCGCUGUGGGAGUGCGCGUGGCAGACCGGCGCGCGGCUGCUGGCGGUCGUCAGCCCGGACCCGCCCACAUUCCUCCCCCCCUCUAACGUCACGCACCAGUACGGCCAGAUCUCGGUAUCGUGCGGCACGUGGGCGCGCGCGGCGUGGGGCGGUUCGGUGCGGGUGCGCGCGUCUCGCGGGCGGGCGCGCACGCUGUGCGUCGUGCACUACAGCGCGUGGCCCGCCGCCAAGCCCGCGCCGCCAGACGUCGAUCAGUUCCUGGAAUUCCUGUCGGAGUUGAGCGCGCUCCGCGUGGCGGUGGCGGCGGAGGCGGCGGGGGAGCGCGCGCCGCUCGCCGCCCGCAACCCGCCCGUGCUGUUCGUGGGCCGCUGCGGACUCGCCCUAGCGGCCGAUCUGCUAACACACGUGCUGGACGCUAACCAGGAGCUAGACAUCCCGCACACCAUCACCACGCUGCACCAACAACGCGCCGGCCUCAUCGACAGCGAGCAACAGUACCGCUGUCUACAUCAGCUGCUGCUGCACUACCUGCGGCACUCGCGACUCAUCUGAGCACAGUCGGGGACACCUGAUGGAUGCCUCCGGUUGGUGACACCUGAUAUAUGCCUUCGGUUGGUGACACCCGAUAUAUGCCCCCAGUUGACGACAUCUGCCUUAGAUGCCAACGGUUGUUGAUACCUGCCUUGCGUGCCCCUGGUUGAAUAUUAGUGCCACCGGUUGGCGGUUAAUGAUACCUCACCUAUGUGCCAACAGUUGUCGACACCAGAGUAACGCGCCCACUGGUUGUCAACACAUUCUAUCAAUGACACACAACAUCAAAUUGACAGCAGCUUACCAUUGGUAACACCACUAACACCCGAUAACGCCAAAGGUAGUAUACCUUUUCAAUUUUUGAUAUAUAAAAUUAAUAAUAUCAGUUAAUUAUAUUUAGCUAUUUCGUUUUACUACAGAAGUGGGAAACGAUGAAAACCGUCAAUUCUCGAAAACGAUCGACGUCAACGUCGCUGUUUCUUCCUCGACAAAUCCGGUGUACUAAUAUUUUUAGACCUUAACUCAUGGGAAUAAGUUUUAAAACUGGUGCACUAGUUAUGUGCGGUGACUGUACGUAUACGAAAAAAUGUAAAGCAGACCUUUUCCACAAAAAAAAAGAAAAUGACGACCUAUAGGUGUGUAGAAAAAUCUAAAUUUUAUUCAAACUAAAAGUAAAACUAAGCCCGAAAGUAAGGGUAAAUGAUGUGAUAGAGAAAAUACAAAAAUAUUCUCUUUAAAAGUAGUAAUUUUAGGAGAAUAUAUUGUGAGUGUUAAUUUAUUAACAAAAGUGUUCUAAAAUCUACUAAGAAGCUAUAAAAUAAUACUCUUGAAUGAAAAUAUACAAAAUAAAAAAAGUGUAGUAUUUAAGACAAGGUGCAUGCUUGAUGCCUUAACUGCCAUCUAAGUAUUUUUGAGUCAUUAAUUAUAUAUAUUAUUAUAAUAUGUAUUAAUAGAAGUAGCUGCUAAUAGUCUAGUAUUUUCAUACAACAUAAAUAUACAUGUAGAUACUGUAUGUUGAAACAGUUGAGAUAAAUCUUUAGAUAGGUACGAAUUAAUUGUAUAGACCGUACACAGUUUUAAGAUGGCUCGGUGGAACUGGAGUUAGAAUUACACUGUCUAUUGGAGAAUUACACUGUCUUAGGGUAAAGCCAAACGAGCGUAAUCUGUGAGCUGUGAGUCGCAGAAUUUCGGUC